AUGUCUUUAAUAGCAAAUUCGUUCAAUCUGAUGCCUUUCAGCACUAGCGUAGACUGGCUCUUGGAUGAGACGAUACCCGGUGCAUUCGAUGAGUGGAUGCAGAACUCUAUGCCUAUGCCUGAUGGCGAAGGGCACACGAUUCCAGUCCAAGCCCCAAGCAUGACUGACGACAGUUCUUCCACAACAUAUCCUCAGUUCAACAAUGAUCCCAUCAUCUCGUAUGCGAGCACGUUGUCGAAGCCCGGCGCUUCGUCUCUGCAGUCUGUGAAUGCAGAGAUCGCAAGACCGCUCCUCAACGAUUAUGAUCCCGCCUUGCUCAAAGACUAUUUCUUUCCAGGUCAAUGCACCAAUGGCACUCUUCCCCUCUCAUUCCAUGGUGAUGAUAGGGACAGCAUACUCAGACAGGGUGAAGUGCCGGUCGGCGCCAGGCCCAAGUCUGUUCCACCGCGCAAAAAGCUUCCCGAACUGGACGAAGGUUCAAGAUCGCGUAUCUUGAAGCUGAUUGACGAAACUCAACCGACGACGGUUGACAACAUGGUGAUCACCACUUCGUCUAACCUACUCUCGGCAGCUUCUCUACAACGUUAUAGCAAUCUUUUCUUUACUAAAUUCAACGUGUCGUACCCUCUGAUCCAUCUACCAACAUUUGAUCCCUCGCUGACCGAUGCUCUACUACUCAUCGCUAUCCUCUCAAUUGGCGCCACCUACGAUGGAAAAGACUCGCACCAAAUGGCAAUCGAUAUUCAUAACGUACUGCGCCCGCGAAUUAUCCAGCACCCCUCAUUCAACGAACAACCUGAGCUCUGGCUCUUACAGACAAUCUUGCUGGUAGAUUGUCUCGGAACCUCGAGGGCGGAUCAUAAACAACAUGCGAUGUCCAAUAUGUUCCACGGCCUCCUGAUCAACCUCCUCCGAAGGGCUGAUUGCCAAAAUAUCCGUACCCCACCAAUUAGCUCGAGCUGCAGCGGUAAUCAGCUUGAGCAUCAAUGGAAACAAGCCAUGCAUUUGGAACAAAGAAAGCGGUUGGCACUAUUGUGCUUUUGUUGGGAUACUCAACACGCCGUUCUCUUUUCACAGGCUUCUUGUCUGUCUGCGAUCGAACUGCGACUUUCAUUACCCUGCGACUUGGAAACAUGGGAGGCAGAGACUGCCGAGACGUGGCUCAACAGUGCUCGGAAGAGUUCAACGAACUUGCUAUUCUUGCCUGUUUUGAGAGCAUAUCUUCAUCCAGACACCCAUGCGCGGCCCCGACAGUUGGACACAUUUGCGAGAUACGUGCUGCUACAUGGGCUAAUGUCAAUAUCUUCCGAUUUGAAGAGACGAGCUCAGACGUCACUUGGUAGGUCCUCCAUGACUCUUUUCACUGGCUGGGAGCUCACGUCAUUGUGUUCAGGUAUCGACAAUCAAGAUGGCUCACCUCAAGGCCGCAUUAGACGAGCAUACGACAAAUGGAAGGCUGAUUUCGAAAUGUAUUGCCUCGAUCUCAAACUCUCCAAUCGGUACGAUGCCAAGGCCUUCACGCCACUCAAAACUGCCAUCCUGGCGCUAUAUCGAGCCGCCCACAUCGCAUUGAAUGUCGAAGUUCUUGACCUACAGAUCUUGGCCGGAGCAGAGAAUAUUCUGGGUAAACCGGUCAAGCCACAUGAUUAUGAAUCGAGUCGCAAAAUCAUCCACGGCUGGCUGGCAUCCCCGCGGACUCGGAUCACGGUCAGUCGCACGGCGGAGAAUGCUUGUCGUAUCGUUCGAGAUGCGAUCAGCGACCUUGAAGAGAACGAUCUCACAGACCUAUUCCACUAUCCAUGGUGCCUCUACUUGGCCUGUUUGUCCAUCUGGGUACUCCACUCGGGUGGGGGAGUCGAUGCUCGGCCUCAAGUCAAGGAACCCGCUGGGCAACCCAAAGAUAUCGACCACAAGAACGAAAUGAUCGCUCUGAUCGGUGGCAUGUUGUCGUGUGAGAGUAUGGAGGAUUGGAACCACACAGCGGGAGCUUACAGGACGCAAGGGCUGAUGUGUUUUAUGGCCAAAAAAUUAGGUACUGUCAGGUGGGCUGCCAUGCGGGAAGGAACCAAGGUCCUGGAGCGACUAGGGCGUCACCCGUCCUAG